GGCAUAAGAAUGAAGUCUUCCUUCAGCUUUCUGUUUGGAUUUUAAGAUUUCAAAAUAUUUUGCCAUUAGAAGCCACUUCAAGAGAAAUAAUAAGCACCAAAAGCCUCAGUCUGUCAAAAUCCUAACAAGAGCUUUGAGGGGCACAAGUGAUGUUUAAUCUCAUGUGAAUAAUAUGUCUGGUUGAUGCAAAAGGUACUGAGAAAGAAGUAACAAAGGGAGGUCACAAUUAGAGUACAAUUUCUCUAAUUUUGCUAGCUUAAUUUAAAAAAAAAGCAAACCAAAACACUCCAACAGCACACUGGGGUCUGUACCAAGCCAUCCAUUAGACACAGCAGUAGGGCUUCAGAUAUAAUAUAUUCUCAGUUAACUGCACAGGACAAAGCCAGGACAAACUGUUUCCCUGGGUAAAUGUGGCAGUAAAUCUGUACGGCUGCAAAUCCACCUACAACCAACUGAAAAAAUGUAUUUUUGCCAAUGGAAGAACCACAAUUCUACUUGUGCUUCUCUCAAAAGCUUCUGAUGACAAAUACCCAACCUUCCUCAGUUAUACUGGCUUGCUUGUCAAAGGACUAGGAAAGGUUUUAGCACCACUAUGGAGCUUACACAGUGCCUGAAGCUGGCAGGCCAAGUUACUAAUCAGAUUUCUGCCACAUCACAUCACAUGGUCUGGGAGAAACGAUAAUUUUCUUUCAGUUUCUUCACAUGUAGGUUAAUAAUCACUUAGAGACCAUGGGGAGGACUGCCUUAAUGAGCAGUUUUAACCAAUGCUUUUUACUCAUAAGCCUUCAAAGUAUUAAUUCAUUCUUAACUCCUGCUGCUGGUUUUGUUCUGAGAUGGUUAAUCACCCCAAAGCAGCUCGUCAGACAUCACAUGAGUGGAGCGUGCAGCCCCUCACAGCAGUGCUGCAGUUCUCAGCCAGCAGGAGCACUCAGUGCUCAACCUUCACUCAGGGGCAGAACUGCAGCCCUGAGGGGGGUCAGUCAUCCCAGACAUCCACAGAACAUCAGACAAUCAUUAAUGACUCUGCACAUCCACAGCUUCCGUUCAAAACAGCCCGAUCAACAGAAGUAAAUGUCUCUUUUAAGUCAUGCUGCUACAUAAGAGUACUGCAACUUCCAGAGCAUCUUCUAGAGUGCUGCUUUCUGAAUGACUCUAAGAAGAAGGCUGGGCACUUACACUGGUGGAAAGUUCCAGAGCUACAUUCAUCCUGCACCUCCUGUACUCUACUGCUUUAAUUAUAAGUCAUGGUUUGAUGUGAAAUCUAACAACGCAAGCUGUAGAUGCACUAUCAGAUUAUCCUUUGGGUAUUUUAACCUCCUCAGAUCAUUUCCUGUGCUUAACAACCACCAGCCAGAGACUGCAUGUUUCUCAGUCGCAGGAGGGAUGCAAAAGGGAGCUGGUUCUUGGAGAUGUUUCAUGAUGCACCACUUUAAUGUAGAAAAAUUAAGUUUUUUGUAUAAACCCUUCCCAUUACAAAAGAAAAAAAGAGUGAGCUGCAGUUAUUCUUUUGUCUUAACUGAGCAAAGCUCUGUAAGGGAGGAGGAACCAAGACCCACAACAAAACUUGGAUCACAUGGCCAACAAAACACUGCAUUAAAAAGUGCAUCUUUUUCUCGGCAAAGGGAAUACUGAAAUUAACAUCCAAGAGCAAACAGAUUAGCUUUUAAUGACAAGAGAAGAGAGAGAGGAUUUAUUUAUAACCCUUGGAGAAACCUGCAAGGAAGUGCUCUAUCCUCAUGGCGCAGAAGAGCUAUCAAAUAUAGCACCUAUGUUUUCUUCAUGGGACUGGAAAAAAAAUGUGGAUAUUGACUUGCAAGAUAUUAGAAAACUAAUGAAAGAUGUUUGGCUCUCUGGUCUGUUAAGAAAGGAAAUGAAGCAUCAACACAGUUCUCUGUGCACUGUAAUGAAUCAGUUCUAACAGUGUUGUACCCAAAUAACUCCAGAGGGGAGAAAAGCAGCCCUCAGAGACACACCUCAGAUGCAGGGUUCAGAAGAUGAGAGCUUUACAGUUCUGCCCUGCUCCACCUGAAUCACGAUUCCUUUUGCAAGAUCCCAAGCUUUCUAUAACAUCCACAAAACAUUUGGAGGCUCAUACCCUCACCUCAAGCUCCCAAUGCCACAACAGCUGACUCACUAGAGCCUAAUGCAUAGUAGCAAGCAUUGGGCAGGAUUUCACGUCAGGGAGCUGUAAUUUCAGGGACAAUGAUCACCUUGGAACUCAGCCCCUGGCACACCCAAGACCUGGCAUUGGGCAGAUAGCACCUCCUUGUUUUUGCAGGGAUCCUCUGAUGGUUAUGCGUGACGUGCUGGGGCUUAGGACAGCGCUCACCUUUGGGAUCACUCUUGGAAGAAUGAGAACUAGAACCACAGCAAACAUUUCAUUUACAAAAAUGCCUUGGUUGCCUCAGGUUAGCUGCUAAGGCCUGACCUGAAUGUGAAGGAAACUUGUCAAACUUGUUUUGACCAAACUCAUCCAACUCUUCAGUCCUGUAGGUUGUGAUGCCAGCAGGGUCCUUGCUAAGUGCCAGUCAUUCAAGCAAUGCUCCACACUGGGGGAACGUGAUCGAAUUUUACAUGGAAUAACAAGCAGAAGGAGCUGACCUUUGGUCUCACUCAAAAAUGCACGGAUGACUGAUUCCUCCUCAACCAAAGAAUUUCUUAACCAAACAGAAACCACGCUGCUUGAACCUUGCACACAAGAUGCUCACAGGUAAACCAAACAUCACAGCCACACAGCUUUUGGCUUUCUUGCUGCCUUUCUGCAGCCUCCACUUCCACACCCUAUUUAUUCAUGCCUUUGUCUCUACUUUCCUCUAAACAGAAAUGUCCAAGAAAAACAUUCAAAGGACAAAUGCUACACGAGGCUUUUUUAGCUAAAGCCUCAUUCUUUCUUACAGUGCUGUGAGGCAGUGAAAAAUAUGAGCUCUACCCAGCAGUCAGAUAUCUAAACAUUGUGCCUUACACACUCCAUUGGCAGUUGCAGUCUCCUUCAGCAAGGAGAAAGGCACGUGAACAUGAGGUGAUGGGCACCUCAUCUGCAUGAUGCAACAGCCUGCAAGAGCCAUCCCCUUCAGCCCUGAGGACAGCUCCCAGCAUGCUGUGCCCACUGCCAGCAGCCUGCUGCAUGCAGGCACUUGUAGCCGUGCCAUGGAACAGGUGCACAGCAGUGCUUGUGAGCACCUGCAUUACCGUACAGCUUUCGUGUCUGGGAAUUCAGUGCGUACGAGUGUUUGACACACAAAUGAGAAAGGAGCCGAAACACCUGACACACGGUGGGCACUAAUGCUGGGAAAAGCAUAUACAGGCUGCUUCCAUUACGCCUCUCCACUGAGAUUUCACUUUGCAUUAUGGCUGCUACAACUUUAACGCAUAAUGCUUUUCUUUAUUUAUCCAGGCUAAAUAGUUGUUCAAGUGUUUCUGUCCCACAGUGCCACACUGACAUUGAAAAGAGCAUGGGGCCCUGACCAAGAGCUCUGACCGUUUCGAAAGUGGGCUGCUCUCAGUCCAGUUCUCAUUUUCCCACUGUCUGACCGUGCCCCUGCACUGGGUUCCCUACUCCCACUGUUUUUUUCAGAACUAUUUUGUAAACACAGGACCCAAAUCCAACAUCUGAGUGUGUCCUGUGUGAAGCUCCAGAGAAUUCCUGUUGAAUCUUUCAGGUAAAAUGAACAUGAAAGUUUUGGAAGAUUUUAAUAGACUGUCUGAUAAAUAGGGUUGGCUGCCAAGGGAACUUUCCUAGAAGAUCUCCUUCAAUGAUCAAGAAGUGCCAGUGCAAGCACGUAUUUUCAGCGCAUUAAUAAGCAACUAUAAAAAGCUCACGAUGGAGACAUCAGCUCCAAGGCCAGGCCUGUGAGUCAAGCUCUACACAGACUGAAAGUUAAUCUCCAUUUCCCCCUCAUAGCAGGUUUGCUGAAAACCUAGGGAGAAGGGAGAGAGGGAGAAGGGAACAGUGCUAACUUAAGGUGCGCCGCACUCAUUCCUGAAAGUCUAGGAGUUAAAAAAAAAAACAUAGACAAGCAGAUUCUAGGAGGAAAAUUGAUUCAUAUGAUACAAACAUUCUGACGAAAUCAAAGGCUCUGUAGUUCACUAUAUGGUUAAGUUUUGACUAUCAAAGACUCAUUUUUUUCUUGCUUAUCUGAACUCUGUAACUGAUAAACGACUUCCCAGUUUAGGAAGUGCCUUACUAAAGCCAGCCCUGCCAGCUCCGCCUGCUUAGAAACAAAACGGAGUAAUUCCUGUUGACCGGCAGUUACAUUCUGUACUUCCCUGAGCUGUACAGACGUGUCAGCACAAACAUCUAUCCUGGCACUGCGAGUCAGGCCAAAGUGCAUGGGCUGGAACACAGUGUGCAGCUGCAUGUCCCGAACCACAGCACCAUCGUCACGUCUCAGCUCGGUGUGCACACACGGUUGGUGUGCACACGGUCGGGAAAGUUGUGCUGAUGUAACCCCCAAAGAAAUCCAGGGGACCCUGCCUGAUCCUCCCGGACUUCCGGCUGACUGCAACGUCUUAUCCUGAGCGCAAUGCCUCAUCCCUCUCCGCAAACAGGUGCAGGCGCUGAGACGGGCGGCGUGACGCGGCCCCCGGGAGCCCUCGGCCCGCCGGCAUGGCCGUACCCAUCGCGGUGCUGGACUGCGACCUCCUGCUGUACGGCCGCGGGCAACGCACGCUGGACCGCUUCAAGCUGGAGGACGUCACGGAUGAGUAUCUGGUGUCCACAUACGGCUUCCCCCGGCAGUUCAUCUGCUACCUGGUGGACCUGCUGGGAGCCAGCCUGUCCCGCCCUACGCAGCGCUCCCGAGCCAUCAGCCCCGAGACCCAGGUGCUGGCCGCCUUGGGCUUCUACACCUCCGGCUCCUUCCAGACACGCAUGGGGGAUGCUAUUGGCAUCAGCCAAGCCUCCAUGAGCCGCUGUGUUGCCAACGUCACUGAGGCGCUGGUGGAAAGAGCUCCCCGGUUCAUUCACUUUCCAGAGGACGAAGCGGCGGUGCGGAGCCUGAAGGACGACUUCUAUGCGCUGGCGGGCAUGCCGGGUGUGCUCGGCGUGGUGGAUUGCACCCACGUGGCGAUCAAAGCGCCCAACGCCGAGGACCUGUCCUACGUGAACCGGAAGGGCCUCCACUCCCUCAACUGCCUGAUGGUGUGCGAUGCCAGGGGGGCCCUGCUAAGCGCUGAGACGCACUGGCCCGGCAGCAUGCCCGACUGCACCGUGCUGCAGCAGGCAGCCCUUACCAGCCAGUUUGAAACAGAGCUGCACAAGGAUGGCUGGCUGUUGGGUGACAGCUCCUUCUUUCUCCGCACCUGGCUGAUGACCCCCCUGCACAUCCCUGAGACACCUGCAGAAUACCGCUACAACAUGGCGCACUCUGCCACACACAACAUCAUCGAGCGGACAUUCAGAACCAUCCGAUCACGAUUCCGCUGCCUGGAUGGCUCCAAAGGCACCCUGCAGUACUCCCCCGAGAAAUCCAGUCACAUCAUUCUGGCCUGCUGCGUGCUUCACAACAUCUCCCUGCAGCACGGGCUGGACGUGUGGUCUGCCCCUGCAGCGGGGCACGUGGAGCCGGCAGAGGAGGAGUAUGAGCAAAUGGAGUCAAUGGACUCUGAAGCCUGCCGUAUUCGUCAGGAGCUGCUGCUCACUCAUUUUAGCUAGCACUGUGGCAGCAGGAAGGCUUCUUGCUGUUCCUUUGAGAAGAUGCAGAGACCAGCAUGCUUCCUCCUCUUAAGUCGGUCAAGACUAUGGGAUGUGAGACGAGAAGAAACUCUAUUCGUUUCAGGGGGCAUUCAGAACUUCUCUUCGUCUCCUUGUAGGUGUCAUUAACUGCUGAAUCGUUGCUGUUGUGACUCUCAUAAACACCCCUUCCUCCUAAUUUGGAGGACAAUGGCUGUAAUGUGAGGUUGGUGGAGAAACGUGGAAAACUGUGGUGAUAACUAUGAUAAAUCUGUAAGCCUCGCACUGUUUUACCAAGCAACAGAUCUAUGCCACUUUGUAACCCAAACCACUUACAAUUGAUUUUUGAACAG